CAGUAACAGUACCGAUUAUUGUAAAAUGUAAACUGGUUUCUAAGUAGAAAUUUCGCUUAUAAUUUCGACUAUCAAUAAAUUAAGUACAUCAUAAAAAUGUCGGAAAAUGGCCUCGACGAUGCGUAAGAAAACUCAAGUAUCUUUCGUAAUCCGCGACGAAGAAGAACGUCGUCAUAAAAAUGGCGUUAGUUCGUUGCAAUUGGACCCUGUACAAGGCAGGCUAUACUCCGCAGGUCGAGAUGGAAUUAUUAGAGUAUGGAACACGGCUACGGGAGUGCAGGAUAGAUAUAUACAAAGCAUGGAACACCACACAGACUGGGUAAAUGACAUAGUUCUUUGCUGCGGCGGCAAAAACCUAAUAAGUGCAUCUUCUGACACCACCGUCAAAGUAUGGAACGCGCCGAAAGGAUUUUGCAUGUCAACUUUACGUACUCACAAAGAUUACGUACGUACACUAGCUUACGCUAAGGAGAAAGAACAAGUAGCCAGCGCUGGCUUGGACCGUGCUAUAUUCCUUUGGGAUGUAAAUACAUUGACAGCUUUAACUGCAAGCAACAACACAGUAACAACCUCUAGUCUCGUCGGUAAUAAGGAAUCUAUAUACAGUCUAGCUAUGAAUCCACCUGGCACAGUUUUAGUAAGUGGAUCAACUGAGAAAGUGCUCCGAGUUUGGGAUCCAAGGAACUGCGCAAGGCUGAUGAAGCUAAAGGGACAUUCAGACAAUGUUAAAGCACUGGUUGUGAGCAGAGAUGGUCAGCAGUGUGUAUCAGGCAGCUCCGAUGGUACAAUAAAAUUGUGGUCCCUAGGACAACAGAGGUGUGUGUCUACAAUCAGAGUUCAUACGGAAGCAGUAUGGGCACUUCUAGCUACCGAAAGCUUCACACAUAUUAUCUCAGGAGGUAGAGACAAACUAGUCAUUAUAACAGAACUGCGAAAUCCUGAUAAUUCAAUAAUAGUCUGUGAAGAAACUGCACCCAUUCUAAAAUUGUGUUUCACUGCUGACCAGCAAGGUGUUUGGGUAUCUACGUCAGAAUCCGACAUUCGGUGUUGGAAGCUGCCACCAUUAUCUAAUAUAAACUCAGACAUGUAUAAUCAGAACAAUUAUAACCCUAACAAUGUAUAUCAGACUCAGCCUACUACUAUUAUACCUGGAGGACCAGCGAUAAGACACUAUAAAGUAUUAAAUGACAAACGCCACAUAUUAACAAAAGACACAGCUAACAAUGUUGCUCUGUAUGACGUUUUAAAAGCCUGUAAGCUAGAAGAUUUGGGUGAAGUCGAUUUUGAAGAAGAAGUGAAGAAACGUUUUAAAAUGAUUUAUGUCCCAAACUGGUUUAAUGUUGAUUUGAAGACUGGUAUGUUAACUAUUCAUUUAGGACAGGAUGAGACAGAUUGCCUCAGCGCUUGGGUGAGUGCAAAGGAGGCUGGACUUACAACAGAAUUGGACCAGAAAGUAAAUUUUGGUGCUUUGCUAUUGCAAGCUUUGUUGGAGCACUGGAAUCAUCAGAGCAGGGUGUCUGAUGCUGGACAGAAAGUGGUUGGGAACAAUUUUUUCAGUGUGCCGCUGCACACACCAUUAAUAUUUAGUGAAGUUGGUGGCAGAACACUUUAUAGGCUGCAGGUUGGUGAUGCAGGUGGUGAGACAGAAGGCAACCUACUAAAUGAGACUGUACCAGUGUGGGUGGUGGAUGUAGCCAUAGAGAUGGCUGCUCCAAAACUAAACAAGCUGCCAUUCUACCUACUGCCUCAUGCUAGCUGUCAGACCAAGCAGGACCGGCAGAAAAAGGACCGAUUGGUAGCUAACGACUUCAUCCAAUGCCGGAAAGUAGCGGAGCACGUGGUGGAAAAGAUCGUCGGAGGCGGCGACGGCGGCUCCCCGCGCGCCGCGCCCGAGCCCGCGCCGGAGCCCCAGGAUCGAGUAGAGUUGCUUUGUGCAGACCAGGUAUUGGAUCCGAAUAUGGACUUGCGUACAGUGAGACACUUCAUAUGGAAAUCUAACGUGGAGUUCACCCUGCACUACCGAGUUUUGAAGCAAUGAUUCAACAACUCCGGUGACCAGUGAUAUAAUUAUGUAUAUGUAAGCAUUGACAUGAGCAGUCUUGCAAAUAUGUUGCCGACAGUGUUUUUGACUUAAUAUGACGCUCGCUCGAGACAUGGCAACCACUUAUACACAGGGUUUGUUGUUUUUUAGCCAUAUUUUGCGAGAUGAAUAUAAGAUAAUACUGAGCAAGUUUUAUUAUAGCCUAACGCUCACGGUCCUUCAAGUUCAAUGAAAUUUGAAUCAUUUUCAAUAGGAACAGAGUUGCAUUCGUUGUACAUAUUUUCAAUUUCAAUUUUCAAACAAAACAAAAUGUACUUUGUUUCUUACACUGUAGAUUCAAAUUUCACUGAAAAAAAAUUUUUUUCCUUGUAUGGCUGGGCCUCGUUAGGAGGAUAGGAUGAAAACCGAAAUCGUUUUUCAUACAUUUCGGCUAAUCACGAUGUUGUAUUCUAUUGAAGAACAUAAAUUUUUCUCGAUUUCGAGUUAAUCCUAUAGUAAAAAUAAGUUACUCAGUAUGACCUAUAUAUUUACUUUGCAUUUGGCUAAGGGUUCAAAAACACAGGCAUGGCUGACGAAGUUACAAUUUUUAAUAUUCAUAAUGGAUAGAAAACUAGUUGAUUGUGCGAGCAGUGUUAAUCGUGUUGUGGCUAAUUUCGUGAUGUGAUAUUACGACCGUUUGUCAAAUCAUGAAAGGCUUACAGAGAAAGCUCUAUGCCGUUCCUACUCAUUGCUAGAGCGCUAGCCUGACUUGACUGAUCUUGACACUUUAUAUGAAUGUUAAGUUGACGAUUUCUAUCAACUAAAUUAAGUUUUAAUUUCCUUUUUUGUAUUUAUAUUUUAUAUCUACGUGUGAUUUGUCACAUUGGGUUUAUUUUUGACGUACAGUAGACUGACUACCAAUUCCAAUGGUAAAUUUAAAAAAAAAAAACGGACAAGGGCGAGUCUGACUCGUCCACAAAUUUAACUUAUUUCUAUUUUUUACAAAUUUAUAGUUUUCAGAUUUUUCCCUGCACUUAUACUGUAAGACGAUUUUACUUGCCAAAUUUCAUAGUUCUAGGUCAACGGGAAGUACCCUAUAAAUUUUGAUUCCCUUGAGUGUCAAAAUAUAAGUUUAUUGUGGCAUAAACGGUCGUAUCAUUUUUUUACUUACGUUAACUUAGGUCCUGGCAGACAGACAAAGUGAUCCUAUAAGGGAUCCGCUUUUUCCUUUUGAGGUAGGGAACCCCAAAAAUAGCAUUCUUAUUCUUGUUAACAGUACAAGUUAUUAUGAUUGUUGGAAUGGAAAGAGGCGAAGAGCAAACUUGUAGCUUUAUAAAACGUGAUUAAGAACACAACUCAGUCAUUCUAUUAAUUUAAAUUUCAGUAAUAUGUUCGGUACAAUAAAACGGGGUGGCUUUGAAAUGCAGGGGCGCCUUUGAUAAUUUAGUUUUAAAGCCUUAUUAUAUUUUAUGCGGGAUUUUUGAUAGUACUUAGAUAACACGAAUUCACAGUAAUCCUAACUAGUUACAAGAACAAUACGAGUAAAUAAUGAAUAAUGCUAAUGUCGUCGUUUUAUAACUAUCAAAUUAACCCCAAAUGCUCCUUAAGUCACCCCAUUUUAGGGCAUUCCCGAAGCAAAUGGAUUUAUUACAAGAUAAGACAAUAAGUCACUAUUUUUAUCACAUUGUAAAUAACAUAGGUCCCUACGGUACGUAACCCUAACCUACCUAAUAUCAACCCCAAUGACCCGGCAAUAAUAAAAAAGGCCUAAGAGCCAACCGUGAGAGCAGUGGCAGUGGCAGCUUUAAUUAUAAGCCAUUAAGGUCUCAAAUAAACUUGUUCGUAUAAUUGUGGUGACAUGUGAAAUAUUUUUUCUAUUCUAUUGUUCUCAACCAGUUUAUUACAGUCAAGUAUUUUAUUGCGGCUAUUGUAAGCCGACAACUGGGGUGGUUGAGUUUGGCAGCCUAUACAGGUGAACCAAAAAAAAUAUGAGGUAUCAAAAACAAAAUAUAUUUUUUGUCGUUCUGGUCACCUGAUGCAUGGAGACUAUAUAAAGGAGCCAAAUCUCUAUGUAUGAAAAGUGUCCAUCAAAAAACAGUAAUUAGGCGGCGCCACCAUACACCGAAAUACUACCAAAAACAACCUACGUAAUUUGGUCGGGUUAUUUGUUGGUUCAUGUUAUACUCAUCUCCCAGAGCCUAACUAGCGCCACCGGAGAGAUAAGGAACCAUUAUUUAAAGCUGAAAGCGGUCACUUUUGCAACAAUUCUGCCAUAAGAGAUUGGCAUCCUUUCUAUACCAUCCAUAACCUGGUGGCUUCGCUUUCAAGAGGUUUAUAAAAAUAAGGAGUAUUUAGUUGCUGUAUUCACGUCACGAGAAGAUGAAUUAUUCUUAAAUACCUCAGAAUAUACUUGGGAAUUUAAUGUUUAUACUUGGAAUCAACUAGCAUUUCAUAUGGGUAGGUUAAUAUUAUGUUUGGACGCCAAUGUGUAUUUGCCUCACUGCUCUCAUAAUAGCUACAUUUAAUUAAUGUACUUAACGGAAAUAUAAAUGUAACUUGUUUCACAUCCCUUGUAUGGGAGAUGGAGCUUUUUAACAAAAAUCGUAUUGUCUGUGAUCAUUGUUUAUAAGUAACUUUCUUUUUUAAUUUCUGGCUGACUUGUAAACUUUCUUUACCUACUUAAUUUGUGAACAAACAAUACUUAUUAAAGUGUUGAGUUUUAAGAAGUAAAAAAUACCUGUACAAUUAUCGCUUUUAUACUUUUACAAUAAAGACGAAACGCCUGAAACUGACAAUUAACCAUACAUUGCUGUCCAAAACGUAAACAUUGUGAUAAAUGUAUGACGUUACUUACCGACCCGGCAAUGUACAGGAUAUUGACAGUGUCAGGCGUCAAUUGUCAGCGUCAUGAAACAGGGGAUAUAAAUAUAUUAUAGCGUAUAAAAGCGAACAAUCAGAGACAAAAGAAACUUGAAAGGAUUAACGAUAAGCUAUGGGCGUAGGCAGGUACAGGCAGGGGGGCAGCUCCCUCCUGUAGCUCAAAUUUUACAUACAAUGUAUGCCCCUCUGCGACCUUGCAAGACCCCCCGCCCCCUAGGCCUCAUGCGAUAUCAACUUGCAAUCGCACCAAUACAAGAAUGUGAAGUGCUAGAAAACAAUUCAAAUCUGAAUAAUUGCCGGUAUCGCUUCCUGUAUUAAAAAAACCGGCCAAGUGCGAGUCGGGCUCGCGCACCGAGGGUUCCGUACCUUUUAGUAUUUGUUGUUAUAGCGGCAACAGAAAUAUAUCAUCUGUGAAAAUUUCAACUGUCUAGCUAUCACGGUUCAUGAGAUACAGCCUGGUGACAGACGGACAGCGGAGUCUUAGUAAUAGGGUCCCGUUUUUACCCUUUGGGUACGAAACCCUAAAAAAUAUGAGUAUAUUUUUGUCAUGUAAUGUAAUACAUAUCUAUGUAUGUCGUGCAUCUUGUAUUUGAAUUAUCGUUUUUAAUACUUACGGUUUAGUUUCUAAAGCAAACUUGUUUGUAAAAUAAUAUCAUUUAGAAGCCUAGUGAGCGUUUAUCCAAUAUAAAUGUGCUGGUUUUUGGUCUUGGCUAAAAGACAGAUCUGUUCUAUUUAAUGUCUGACUCGCUUGGUUCAAUAUAUAGCAUGAAUAUAGAUAAUGAAUA